AUGGCAAACUUCUUUGACCUCAAGGCCCGCCGGGCAGCGCAGUCAAAUGGGACCGCAUCGACAAGCACCGAGAAGCAGACUGCCGAACAUACGAGAGCUCAGCCAUGGGUUGAAAAAUACCGCCCGAAAACACUCAACGAUGUGACGGCGCAGGAUCACACUGUCAGCGUCCUGCAGCGAACCCUCCAAGCAUCUAAUCUUCCACAUAUGCUCUUCUACGGCCCCCCAGGCACAGGCAAGACGUCCACCAUCCUUGCCCUAGCCAAGGAACUGUACGGUCCUGAGUUGAUGAAGUCGCGGGUGCUGGAACUCAAUGCUUCUGACGAACGUGGUAUUUCGAUUAUUCGUGAGAAGGUCAAAGACUUCGCCCGUACACAACUCACGAACCCACCCCCUGGAUAUAAGACAAAAUAUCCCUGCCCUCCAUUUAAGCUCAUUAUCCUCGACGAGGCGGACAGUAUGACACAGGACGCACAGAGCGCUCUGCGCCGGACGAUGGAAACAUAUAGUAAAAUCACCCGCUUCUGCCUGAUCUGCAACUAUGUCACACGUAUCAUCGAUCCAUUAGCCAGCCGUUGCAGCAAGUUCCGAUUCAAAAGCCUCGACCAAGGGAACGCGCGAAAGCGGCUGGAGGAGAUCGCACAAUUAGAGAACGUGGGACUUGCAGACGGUGCAGUGGAUGCCCUGAUACGAUGCAGCGAAGGAGACUUGAGAAAAGCGAUCACUUUCUUGCAAAGUGCUGCCAGAUUGGUCGGGGCCUCCCAGGCAGCGCAAGGUGAUAGUGAGGAUGGUGACAAGAUGGAUGUUGACAAGACCCUGGUAACUGCCAAGAUCGUUGAGGAUAUCGCCGGAGUAAUCCCUGACGAUACGAUUCAAAAGCUUGUCAAGGCGAUGCGUCCUCGCGCGACAGGAGAGACGUACUCGGCCAUCGCCAAAGUCGUGGAAGAGAUGGUGGCAGACGGAUGGAGUGCAGGGCAGACCCUCGCCCAGCUCCACAAGGCUAUCGUCUACGAUGAGACUAUCCCUGACACUCAAAAAAACAAAAUAGUCAUGGUGUUCUCUGAAAUCGACAAACGGCUGGUUGACGGUGCCGAUGAACACCUUUCUAUGCUAGAUUUAGCUCUCCGUAUUUCUGGGAUCUUAGCCAGCAAAUGA